AUGGAGGAUUAUUAUUAUUACGAAGACGACUAUGGUGAUGAAGAGGGUGAAUCACAGGAUUCAGCCCUUGGGGAUGCCUACUCGACGGCCAAAUCGCUGAUGGGCACAAAUCCCCUUCAGUGCGUUGCCGGUCUCCUCGCUGUGGAACGCGACGAUAGCAGUGGUGGCAAGUGGACAUUUAAGUCUCUCAAAGCGCUGGUGAAGGUAAGUAGGCAGAUGGGCGCCUACGAGGAUAUGCUCCGGUACUACGAAAGAGUCUGCACAUUCAACCACAAAGAUGUGGACAAGGGUUCGUUGCAGAAGGCCAUGACGAAGUUCAUCGACGAAUCACAGCGUGUCCCCGUGGAUUACCUGGGUCGCGCACUCAGAACGACAGCGGAAGUCACGUCACGAGACCUCAAAGCAUACAGUAGAUUGUGGUUCAACGCAAAAGUGAAGUAUGCAACUUUGCUGUUGGAUGCAAACGAUGUUGGGUCAGUCAUCAGUGAAAUAGAACCUGUUUUGGCGUGGUGCAAAGAGGAAGAUCCACUUGGCUUUAAGAAGGGUAGUCAGUUGUUUUUUUGCUAUGCGCUGUUGCUUCAAGCAUACACAGUCGGAAGAGACUGGAAAAAAGUGCGCGACAUGUUUUUUUCCACCAUUUCCAUAGUUAACACCAUUGCUCCAUCUCGAGUUGUGGGAAGUGUACUGGAGUGUGGUGGUAAGAUGUACGUUUGCUACCGUGACUGGCAAUCAGCUUUCCAGACGUUUUCUGCUGCCUUUAGGUACUACAAUGAAGGCGGUGAUCCCCGAAGGAUUAACUGCCUAAAGUACCUUGUGCUGACAUGUUUGCUUAGUGGCUCUGAUGUUGAUCUAUUUGCCGCACCAGAGACGAGAGCGUAUGAGGAAGUUGCUGAAAUAGUACCCUUCUCAGGACUUGUGAAGGCUUAUAGGAGGAAUGACGUUCAACGAUUCCUUAGUACUGCGGAUCUAGUGCGUCAGUGCUUCACAGCAGAACCUGCUGUGCUUGUGUGUCUUGACCUGCUGCUUGAUAACCUUAGACUGCGGGCCCUUGUUGCUUUCGCAUCUCCGUAUGAACGGUUGUCCAUGCAGCGGCUUCAGAGUGUGUUGCUUGUCGACAAGGAUGAGGUGGAUCGCCUAUGCCUAAGAGCAGUGAGUGAGGGAGUGCUUCGUGCCAAACUUGACAACGAGAAUGGUGUUGUUAUUAUGAACGGGGAGUCUGAAGUCGGGCCUGAGACGGAGAGGCUGCUAGCAUUUGACCGGUGGGUCAAUGCCCUCCAUGAAUUUAACAAAAGGUCAUACAAGGACAUAGAACGUAACCUUUGA